CCACUGCCGUUGCAUUCCUCAGAAAACCAUUCUAACUCCCCUACUCCCCGAUGAAAAUAAUAGAAUCGCCUCUCUCAUUGGCUGCCGUUUUGGGAUGUAGACGCUAGUCUAUCACAGUUCCCCUACAUCUGUUUGUCAUCAGCAGCUAUUUAAGUUAAACAUCGUGUGUGUCAAUAAGCGCACCUAUUAAUUAAUGCGCAUUCAUUAAUAAUACAGCUUAUUUAGUCUUAAAUUAUUUUAAAUGCAACUGAAAGUGUAGAGUACGUUUUCCUAUAUGAUUAAUAUUGGGAAAGUCAUUUAUCAAAUGGCCAGUCCAUUAUCAUCCACAAAUAUUCUUGAUGGACAUUCUGUUUCAUAUGAGAAACAAAAAAGAAUAUUUAAAAUAAUUGUCAUUGGUGAUUCAAAUGUUGGGAAAACAUGUCUCACUUUCCGAUUUUGUGGAGGGAAAUUUCCAGCACGAACCGAAGCAACUAUUGGGGUUGAUUUUCGAGAAAGACAAGUUAUAGUUGACAAUGAACCUAUAAAGUUACAACUAUGGGACACUGCAGGGCAGGAACGUUUUCGAAAGAGCAUGAUUCCUCACUACUAUCGAAAUGUUCAUGCUGUGGUUUUUGUGUACGAUGUUACAAAAAUGCCAUCUUUUCAAAACCUAUCUCACUGGAUAGCAGAACUGCAUCAGUAUCAAGGUUCUUCUGCUGACAUUCCAAGGAUUUUAGUAGGUAACAAAUGUGAUUGCAAAGGACAAAUUGCAGUGAGCACAAACAUGGCACAGAAGUUCGCAGACAGUCAUGACAUGCCUCUUUUUGAAACAUCUGCAAUGGAUGAUAGUGAAGCAGAUCAUGUAGAAGCUAUUUUUAUGACUCUUGCUCAUAAAUUAAAAAGUCAAAGACCAAUGAUGCCUGUUACGUUACCCCGAAGCAGUAGUAGUCUCAGCAGUUCCCGAACUAUCAUUCGAAUUGGUACAGAAAACAAUGGGCAACAGCAACAGGAUAGCUGGUUUAACUGUUGCUAACUUUUAUUGCCAUGUGUUAUUUAAUUCCUAUUGUUUGUUGCAAAGAAAAAUUGUUGUAAUGCUAUUUGGCAUUUUAUUUCCAGCAUAACAGUUUUGGUUUUUGGAAGAAAGAAAUACAGAUUUGAUUGCAGCUGAAAACGUUUUUGUAAAUUUCAUACCUUUACCUAGCUUAAUUAGUUUUCUCAAUGGAAUUUACUUGCAGCUUCUUUGUAUAAACACAUACUGCUAUGCAUGGGGCAUAUGUUUAGUCAGUGAAUGUAUUAAAAUACUGAAAUAGUUCAUGAGAAAAAGAACUCUGAGAAAAAUGUAUAUUAUAUUUUCCACAUUGAUGAUUUUUAAAAUCUGUUAUAUUUUGUGAGUCUAAAGAUGUCAAUUUUAAGUAUUUUUGUUAUUUAAUAAGUGUACACUCAUAUACAAAUGAGAUUUUAGCACAUUUCAAGUGUUAUAUAUUAUUAAUUUAACUAUUAAUAUCAAUAAAUCUAUUACAGUUAUAAGAAUAUUUUUGCCUUAUUUAUUCUGCUAAUUAUCCUACUUUCUUAAGCACG